CCAGUUUUUCUUCGUCACUGAUCGUAGAUAAAAUGAAGUACGUUCUACUUUUCUCUGUAGUCCUUGCGACAAUUGCUCUGAGUUAUGGGGGCGUAAAACCGCAUCCCCUUUCCGACGAAUUCAUAGCAUCGAUCAACAGCAAGAAAACAACAUGGAAAGCCGGAAGAAAUUUCGACAUCAGCACCCCACUGUCCGACAUUAAAAAACUUCUGGGGGUCCUCCCAAAAAAACCAGACGCUGCUCGCAAAGUGUCUUACAGGGUUCAUUCCGUGAUUAGCGACGACAUUCCAGAAUCCUUCGACGCCAGAGAGGCAUGGCCUGAAUGUGCAUCUAUAAUCGGGGAUAUUAGGGACCAAGCGACCUGCGGUUCCUGUUGGGCAUUCGGGGCGGUUGAAGCCAUCAGCGACCGAAUUUGCAUCCAGUCCAACGGCACCGUUAAAGUUAGCAUUUCAGCUGAAGAUUUGAACGACUGUUGUAUCGAAUGCGGAGACGGAUGUAACGGGGGAUGGCCCGAUGAAGCUUGGUCUUACUGGCAGAGGAUUGGUGUCGUCACGGGUGGCAAAUAUGGAACCAGUGAUGGUUGCAAAGCCUACUCCAUCGCCCCCUGCGACCACCACGUCGAUGGUCCCCUAGAACCAUGUGGCGACGUUCAGAGUACCCCAACUUGCAAAUCGACCUGCGACGAGGGAACGAAUAUCGAAUAUGAACCUGACAAAAGAACUGGGUUAUCUUAUGCCAUCAAGAGCACCGAACACCAAAUUCAGUGGGAAAUUUUCCAUUUUGGACCAGUUGAAGCUGACUAUGACGUAUAUGAAGAUUUCUUGUCGUACAAGAGCGGUGUAUACCAACACGUCAGUGGAGAUUAUGCUGGUGGACACGCUGUGAAAAUCUUGGGUUGGGGAGUCGAAAAUGAUACUCCUUACUGGCUCAUUGCUAACUCUUGGAAUGAAGACUGGGGUGAUAAAGGUUACUUCAAAAUUCUGCGUGGCUCAAACGAAUGUAACAUCGAAUCUGAUAUUCUUGGUGGUACUCCUGAAUUUUAAAGUAUCAAUGAAAAUUGUUAAUAUUGGUCGAUUAUACUAGAGAUUUAUUGUAAUAAGUAUAUUAAAAUGUCUUUUUUCUAAUAGCAAGUAUUUGAAAUUGAAAAUAAAAAUAAAAAAAUAAAAAAGAAAA